GCAGCUGAGGAGUACAUGAUGCUGUCGGCUGAGGCAGGGAGCCAAGAAGCAAGGCAUAGUGAUCAUCUUCAAAUACCCCGGGGUGUCGGGGAGGCGGGAGGCUCCGGCUGCUGCUGCCAGGACUCACACCUGACAUCAGUUCCAUGGUGACACCAGGAGCCUCUCAAAUAAAGUCUUUCCACAGAGAAGCUGAACAGGACGGUGAGAGUUUGAAAACAGGCCUGCAUGUUCCUGAAAAGACUGAAUGUGGAGCCUGUGGGUGUCACACUUUGUCUUAAUGUAAAGCUGAUUUCACACCAAGCAGCCUGAGGACGAUGUGCACUACAUUCAGCUCAUUAUAUAUUCAGCGUGAGCUUCACAUCUGCACGGGUUUGGUGCGUAAUUGGCUCACUUCUCCAUUCUGUUUGAGAAUCACUGAGAGGGCACCGCGGAGGUGGAGGAGGCAGGGAGGGAAGGAGGGGAGGGAGGGACUGCCUCCUCCACCUCACCGCGUCUCCAUCUCACGUUACCGAGCUGCACUGAAGUGGCGGAGUCAGCAGAGAGCCGACUGCGCCACUGAAACCUGCCUUCUCACGCAAAGGUGAUAAAACUCCGCUCAGAGGCCGAUGAUUCUGCCGCAGCAACAUUUUACAUCUUACUGAAUCUUCCUGCACGCCCGAGGCAGAGCACCAUGGCACAGCGUGCUGUGGCCCAACUACAUGUGUGGACGGUCGGUCUUAGUCGUGACUGACGGCAGCAGCUGCGGAGCUGGAAGGAGAAUCUUCUCAUGGGACUCCCGCAGUUGUGAAGCGCCUGAUCUGGAAACGUGAGCAGCGCGCAUAGCUCCGGGAAACCGGCGACAACAAGACUGUCCUCCCGACUGGUGAGAAAAGAGCGACAGCGAGGAAAGUUCUCCAUCUUCCAGCCGAACCAGAGCCAAAAAGAAGCCUGUGGUUCCGUAGUAUGGGAGCGAUAUGUUGUCCAGGAAAGGACUCAUCCCUGAGGAUUACCUGCUGACACGGUUGGCUGAGGAUGUCCUGCAGCAGCCCAAGUUCCGGGCGAAGCCGGGGAAGGCUCGCUUCGUCGCCAAGAACGGCACCUGCAAUGUGGCGCACACCAACAUCCGAGAACAGGGCCGAUUCUUGCAGGACGUCUUCACCACCCUGGUGGAUUUAAAAUGGCUCCACACGCUCAUCAUUUUCACCAUGUCCUUCCUGUGCAGCUGGCUCCUCUUCGGGAUGAUCUGGUGGCUCAUCGCCUUCGCGCACGGCGACCUGGACGAGAGAGGAGGCGACUUCGUCCCGUGCGUAACGGACAUCCACUCCUUCUCCUCCGCCUUCCUCUUCUCCAUUGAGGUCCAGGUGACCAUCGGCUUCGGGGGCCGGAUGGUCACGGAGGAGUGCGUCUCCGCCAUCAUCAUCCUGAUCGUGCAGAACAUCGUCGGGCUGGUCAUCAACGCCAUCAUGCUCGGCUGCAUCUUCAUGAAAACCGCGCAGGCCAACCGGCGCGCCGAGACGCUCAUUUUCAGCAAGCACGCCGUCAUCUCCGUCCGGAACAACAAGCUGUGCUUCAUGAUCCGCAUCGGGGACCUGAGGAAGAGCAUGAUCAUCAGCGCCACCGUGCGGAUGCAGGUGGUGAAGAAAACCACCACCGAGGAGGGCGAGGUGGUUCCUCUGGACCAGAUCGACAUCCACAUGGACAACCCGGUGGGGACCAACGGCGUCUUCCUCGUGUCCCCCCUCAUCAUCUGCCACGUGAUCGACAAGAACAGCCCUCUGUACCAGCUGUCCGCCUCCGACCUGCAGCACGAGGACAUCGAGGUGAUCGUGGUGCUGGAGGGGGUGGUGGAGACCACCGGCAUCACCACGCAGGCCAGGACGUCGUACGUGUCGGAGGAGAUCCUGUGGGGGCAGCGCUUCGUGCCCACCGUGUCCGAGGAGGACGGCAUGUACGCGGUGGACUACUCCAAGUUCGGCAACACCGUGAAGGUUCCGACCCCGUGCUGCAGCGCCAAGAAACUGGACCAGGCUGGUGGCAUCGCCCGCUUCAAGCUGGAGGAGGGCGUCACCUUGCGGGCGUCUGUGAGAAGGCGGCGCGGCGGCACGGUGCGCAGGUCCAGGAUGGAGAGCUGAUCCGCGUUUUCUACCAGAGCUGCUGAAGGUCAGUGUGAAGAGGAUCGUGUCACGUGACUGUUCUGGCGCGCAGAAUGAACCGGAAGUCCAAUUUGAAUGUGUUUUAUCUUUUAUUAUUAUUAUUAUUCUUUUUUAAUCCAGAGUGACUGCAUGUGUCUGAGAGCAAUAAAGGAGAGAGUCUCAUGUGACGUGUGUUGUGGAGAUUAAAGGGCCAGUCUGCCUGUUAAACACUGCAGCAGAGCUACAGGCCUGAUGGAGGCAGAGAAGCACUUUAUGAUAAUUAAACACUAAUAAAUGGUGAAUCAAAAGUACAGAUCAUAAUUUUUUCACUGCUGACAAACAAUCACAUGCUUUGUAAACCAUUUAUUAAAGCAACAUUAUGUAGAAAUGGUCAUUCUGUGUGAUUCAGCGCCCUCCACAGUUUCUAAGUGUGA